UCAGUCUGCCGAUUCAUCAGCUUUAUGCAUUUGAAUAACAACGCGUCGUGGCCCCGGGAUUUGGUAUAAAAAGGCCUUGGAAUCACUGGGUUAGCAGAGCAAGUUGAACCCUCCACUGGGAACUACCAAAACCAUCACCAUGGGCAAGAUCAUCCUUUUCGAGGAGAAGAACUUCCAGGGCCGCUCCUACGAGUGCCUGAACGACUGCCCGGAGCUGACCUCUGUUCUGAGCCGCUGCCAGUCCUGCCGUGUGGAGAAUGGCUGCUUCAUGGUCUAUGAGCGCUCCAACUUCCAGGGCAACCAAGUGUUCCUUAAGAGAGGAGAGUACCAAGACCUGCAGCGCAUGCUGAGUAUGGGAGUGACCCUCGACUCCAUUAGAUCCUGUAGAAUGAUUCCCUUACACCGAGGCCAGUUCAAGAUUAAGAUCUUCGAGCGAGAGAACCUGAGCGGCCAGUCCAACGAACUGCAGGAGGACUGUGACAACAUCAUGGAGCGCUUCCGCAUGAACGACAUCCUGUCCUGCCAAGUGAUGGAGGGUCACUGGCUGAUGUUCGAGCAGCCCAACUUCCGUGGCAGGAUGAUCUAUGUGAAGCCCGGUGAGCACCGCAGCCUCAGGGAGAUGGGCCUGAGUGGCAUCAGGAUCAUCAGCUUGAGGCGUAUCACUGACAUGUGUUAGAAUUCUGUACUCAGCUUGAAUAAAUAAAAACAUUGUCUUCUUCAUAAGUA